AGCAGAGCAGCUCCAGAUAUUGCACAAAAUGCGCUCCGCUUCGAAGGAGCCAAGCGAUCUCAAUUCUCGUGUAAAAACUCGAGUUCUUUGUAGGCUGAGAAACUUCUCACUUUUUAAAGAGGACGGCUCAGCUCUUCGACUGCACACACACGUCGAAGAUUUGGACUCGAUUAGCUUCCUCCUUGACACAGCAGUGUUGGAGGUCCAAUUUUCGUGACUCGAGCGCAACUGCGUAACUGGUAGGAACCAGUGCGUGGAAUGCGAAUGCUCCAUGUAAAAUAUUCAUAAGCAAGCCAGUGGCAGAAGGAGGAACGACGUGUUGGUAGUAUCCCUGACACAUUUUUCUGGUCUGGAAGAUCGAGGCGAAUGCGGUAUGCUUUGUAUCCUGAGGUAAUUCGCCCUUAAUGUCUUCUCGACUACAAGAUGUCAGUGGAUUCGUUGUCGUCGGGGGAUCGGCAGAUUGCUCGUAAAGUCUUUCAGGAAUUUGUUCCAAUGAGCGAUACACGCUUGUAAUUGGACCGAUCUAGAAUGGGGAUAGCAUAGCUGAUUUCUGGAGGUACUCGAAGUCGAUGACAGAUCUCAGACGUUUCCUGCAUUCAAAAGCUAAUUUGCAACAAAAAGCCCACCCAGAAACUGGAAGCUUAUCAAAAGUAUUUCAACCAAGGGAUAAGCACAAGUAGGAUUAGCAGAAGAUGCACGAAGUCGGACGAGAAGCUGGCUCAUUAGACUCGAUGGCAAGAGAAUAAACACAUGUAACAAAACACAAGCGACAUCAGAUCCAGGAUGUCGUCGAAGAAGCGAAAGGACCGUGGGGAGGAUGAGGGACAAGGGCAGGCAGAUGCACCUGCACCAGCAGGCUCUGGGGCGAGUGGCGGUGGCCGGAGUCCAGCUCGUGCCACCGGAUCUCCGAAAUCCGGCGGCCCGUCCGGUCGGAGUCCGAGUAGAUCACCGAAAGCCGUCGAUUCUGCCGGGCAGCCGCAGCCUGCGAGUCCAGGAAAAAGUGCUCCCGGCAAAUCUAAGAACGCGGGUCAGGGUUCGAGUGCGUCCGGAGGUUCAUCACCCGCGUCCAGGAGCGCGGGUCCUAGUUCUGGCAGGACCUCGGGUCAGUCCACACCACGAGCUGGAGAUGUAGAUCCUGGAGAUGGCUCACAACCUCCACCGAAGAAGAAGCAGAAUUCAGGGCGGAGUUCAGGCCAAGCCACACCUCGAGCUGGUAGCCCUGGGCAAGCACAAGCGAGUGGUUCCGAUCAGCCAUCGCAAACACAGAUGUCUGCGGGAGGGGCAGCAAACCCAAACCCUGAUGCUGGGCUCAUUCCAGCACUUCAGACUGCGUCAAUAAACCCUGGCUCUGACCCCCAGGCCUUCCAAAGCUUCCGGCUGACCGAGCAAGAAGUACGUCGUGCCAUUGAAUGUGCUACAGUUCAAAACCUGGCGACAGGAGUUCCUCAGGCGAUACCAAGCGUUGCAGGUGUACCUCAAUCAGCCAAUUGGCUUGAACAAGCCUUGAUUAACGCUCCCAAUAAACCGCUCGACGAGGAUCUUGGCGGGCCUCCAGAACUGGGAGAAGAAGAUGCCGAUUGGCUUGGAGACUUGUUGUCCGAUGACGAUGAAAAGAAAAAGAGACAAGAUGGCGGAUCUCCUCCUCAAUUAUUUGUCCCUACAAGAGUUCUUCCACCAGAAGGCCAAGAAUCAGAAGAUGAUCUCAUGAACUUGAAUGAGAUAUUGAAUCAGCGCCCAGACCUUGAAAAUCCCGGAGAAGAUACCCUCAAAUUUCUUGAACUGAAUGACUUACCCAAGCCUGGAGAUCCAACUUGGGAGGAAUUUUUGGAAUCUCGACGUCCAGCUCCAAUCAGAACACCAGACCGUAUUAACACGGAUCAGCCUGCACAAGAUGGAGUUAGACAGCUGACUGUCGACGAGAUUCUUGCUCUUCGUACACCGUUUAAUCGAUCGGGGGAUUCUCCUGAUGCGCAAUCUGCAGACACGUUACAUCCCACAGACGCCCAUAAACUUCGGUUAUUGGACUGGAUGCGGUACCUCGUCGCAGCGCAGCGUAGACCCAGAUAUUUGGACCGACCUGAGCAAGGAGAAAGAUUACUGAAAGUUUUCGAAGAAUUCGAUAAGUCCUUCACGGAUGCCAGUCAACAGCUGAACGUACUACCAACUGUCGAACACCAGGAGAGCUCGAAUUCCAUUCGCCUUAAGAUCUGGAAGGAACAGCGACAGAGAACGCCUGCCAGACAACUACGCCCACUACCUUUGACUCAUUAUGAAGGGCAGAUUAGUGAAUGGGCAAAAUAUCUGGAGACAAUGAGAGAUACUCCUCUACAAUUCGAAAGCAGGGAGAGCAGAAAUUCGUUCGCCAGUAUACUGCGAGGACUGAGGAUGGAACUUCUGAACACCAUCAAAACAGUGUUCGCCGAUUAUAUUAAGCCACCCGAUCCUCCCGCCGCUCCUCCCGCCGCUCCUCCCGCUGCUUCCGAUCCCGCCGCUCCUCCCGCUGAUCCCUUCGCUCGCCCUCGUCGCGGUCGUAAGGCUCGUCCCGAAGCCCCUGCACCCGCCAAUCCUUCACCUGGUCCUCCCGCUGUUCCUCGGGGUCCUCCCUGGUCCCCUCCUCCGGGGCUGUUUGUGGUAAAUCCAGCGGGUAGUCCUGGUCAGGGGGAUGCUGCAGCACAGCAAGCAGGCUCGGUCCAAGGGUCAGAAAAUCCAGCGGGUAGUCCUGGUCAGGGGGAUGCUGCAGCACAGCAAGCAGGCUCGGUCCAAGGGUCAGAAAACCCAGCGGGUAGUCCUGGUCAGGGGGAUGCUGCAGCACAGCAAGCAGGCUCGGUCCAAGGGUCAGAAAACCCAGCGGGUAGUCCUGGUCAGGGGGAUGCUGCAGCACAGCAAGCAGGCUCGGUCCAAGGGUCAGAAAACCCAGCGGGUAGUCCUGGUCAGGAGGAUGCUGCAGCCCAGCAAGCAGCCUCGAUCCAAGGGUCAGAGCUCGGGAUGAAGAUUGUGGACUGGUCGUUGUACAUCUGUGCAAUGAGGUUUACAUGGCAAAGGCUGUCGGGCAGAAUCCAGCCGGCCUAUGCCCGAGACUACUACUCUGCAUUCACAGAGCUGCACAACCACCUGAGGCCUGUGAUGAGCAGAACUCUGACUCAGCAAGAGUCCAGCACGACUCUGGAAGCAAUGGGAUUGAACGGGUACCGCAUAGACUAUCGACGUCGACUGCGAUCGUCUACGCGGUUGAUAGCUCUCCUGCACGCAGAGCACGACUUGAUGCUGCUGCAGAAGGCUGACAUGUGGUAUUUCUCCUCCUGGAUCCAGUACUUGGCCUCGCUGGCCUUAGACAGCCCGGUUGUCGUUCCCGGCAACCGGAUACAGUUCCUGAUCGUAUACCACUCUUUCUACGACGAAAUGUACGACACCGCCUGCGCACUCCUGGGGAGACCCCUGGGUAGACUUCUGGAUGUGGAGCCCAUACGUCACGGCUUGGACUGGCAGGGAAAACGGCGGGUUGUGGAUCAAGCUCCGGCCGGUGCCGCACCGAUGGAGGUCCGCCAGUCGUCGCCAGCCGAUUCGCAGUCCGAGUCGGACGGACCGCCAGGGACCGUAGGUCCGAUUUUCAAUCCUGUAUUUGGGAGAAUGAGGAUGCCAGACAGGAAGCGACGAUUAGAGGCUGAGAAAAUUGCUAAACUAGCUGCUGAGAACGAUCCCAGAUCCUUGAAUCACCCCGCCGUGGAGGCCCGAGUAGCGCCGGAGUACCGAGAGACGACUGUGGUGACACUCUUCGAAACUGUGGAACAUCGAACCAAAAACUUCAGGGCAAUGGGGGACGCACGAGCACGAGCACGAGCAAAUAAUGAGGAGGAGGCACAAAUAGGUGUUCCCCGAUAUUUGACUGCAGAACAGGUGGCUGACCAGCAGGAGUAUCACAAUCUGUUCCUCCGAGAACUGAAGAGAUUGGAGAUGGACGUUUCGCUUGCCGUCUUGGGAAUAGCCAAGUAUCAGCAUAUGCCUCUCCCCCUGCAGAAUGACCUCAGAUUUUACAUCAUCGCCUACCACAAAUUCAUAAAAGGUGAAGUGGAUCAUUGUCACCACCUAUGUCCUCAAACUCUACCCGCGGCAACCUGCAACUGCUAUUCUACAAAGUUGGGCCCUUUAAAUGCUUUCAUAGAUCGCCAACUUUUGCACAAAAAAGCAUUGGACAUGUAUGUAAGAGACGUGAGUAAACUACUUUUUGAUUGGUGUCAUGCAAAUAAUGUUAAAACACUUCGUGUUCCAAAAUAUGUGGAAGAAGCUUUCAGAGAAUGGAAUGAAGUUCAUCGUAAAAGGACAAACGCUUCACUCCAAGAAUGGCAAGAGCUUAGUAGGAAGACUGGAAUCCCAAUGAAACAGAUUAAAGUUUCAGUACGAGGCUUUAAAAGAAUGAUUGCCGGUGAAAGAAGAACAGAUCCAGUAACAGGUCUUAGCGUCCAAGCACAACAAGCAAAUGAACCAGAACAGCCCCAACAAGCUGCACAACCAGAACGAAUUGCACCACGACAGCCUCCUUGGGUUCAGGAAGUUGGAACUCAAGUGUACAAUUUUUUAAAAUCUUGGGCAGACGAACAUCGAGAAUAUGCGUUUCCGAUUGACAUUGAAAUGGACCAAUUGACGAAAUAUACAGGAAUGACUAAGAGUCAAGUUGGCAGAUGGCUGAAGGACUAUCGAGUUGUUAAUAAUUAUUUCAGUGUUUUUUCUUGUUCUAUCCAGGCCAAAUUGAAUAGGCAAGGUAACGGAGAAGGAAUGGGCCCAAGGUAUGCAUUAGUAGGUGCUCCAAUUCAGAAUCCUCAGAUAAAUUUUUCUCGUAAUCGGAGGAACAACAAUGGGAAUCGUAAUAAUGAGGCGGAAAGAAAGGCAAAGUCAGAUGAAGAUGUGGUCAUGGCAGAUCCAGCCGGUCCAGCCGGUCCAGCCGAUGCCCCAUUGCAGCCUGUAGAGGAUGUGGUCAUGGCAGAUCAAGUCGAUCCAGGCGAUGCUCCAUUGCAGCCGGUAGAGGAUGUGGAUUUGGAUAUGGCAGAGUGGCAGGGUUUUAUAGAAAAUAAUCUCAAAGAGAACGAGGAAAGAUUCCGGAACGAUGCUGCGUACCUGGACCAACAGGCGAUCCCUCAGAGGAAUUAUGUCAUCAACGAGGAUGGACAAAUAGUUCCAGUCGAUGCAGGCGUCGCGCAGCAAAUUCAACCCUUGGUCCAACCAGGACAAGCGUCCCAACCAGGCUCACCGGCACGAGGAGGCGGACCCGCGGGUGCCGUCGAUCCCAUACUGCCGGACAUUCAACCGCGCCCACUGGGAGACGGGGGCGGACCCGCGGGCGCAGUCGAUCCCAUACUGCCGGACAUUCAACAUAGCCCACUGAGAGACGGGAGCGGACCUGUGGGCGCAGUCGAUCCCAUACUGCCGGGCAAUCAACCGCGCCCACUGGGAGACGGGGGCGGACCCGCGGGCGCAGUCGAUCCCAGACCAGCGGAUCCCGAGCAAAACCCUCUGGAUGGCGCGCGCGGUGAGAUCCAAGCCUUGAACCAACAGGGCCAGCUGCCGCCGGCCGUUGCCGCGGAAGCGGUGGCCAAUAUCGACAACCAGGGGGCCGCAGGCCGCAGGGCGGACGACGAUGGGGAGAAUCUCGCGGAACUCGCGAAUGGCGCGAUUAUCGACCUAAACGCUCGAGAACGCAUAUUGACAAACAAAUGGGAGCCCCUUCUCGCCCACGAGACGGACCUCCGCUUGCGCUAUACGUCGCUGAUCAAUUACGCAAUUUUCAAAAGCCACGCAAAAAAUUUUCUGCGCGAACGGAGCAACGAAUUGAACAAGCUCGUCGUAUCUCACUUGGCCUUUUCAAAGCGUACUCCUGUUCAUACGUUCGUGGAUUGUGUGGAUGCAAACGAAGUGCGUGCGUGUUGUUACGAUAAAAGAUAUGGUGACAUAGAUAUCAUUCAAGGGGAGAAGGAACGACUGGACGCUAGCUUCCAGAGAUUUGAUGCGAUGAUUAUCAGAUGGGUGUCAAUUUAUUGCAAUACUAUUGACAAAAGAUCCAGAGUUACGUUACCAGGGUUUGUCGUCCGCUAUCUAGACGCCUGGUGCAUCCAGCAUCCAGAAGUUGGCGUUGUAACCCACGAAGACUACACUCGUUUUGAAAGUGAGGUCGGCGUACAACUCAGACAGGGAUCGAGUUUUUUAAGGUUUUGGAGACAACAAUGCGUGAAAAACAAACGAGCAAAAGCAGCAGGGGCUAAGAGGGAGAUACAAGUAUUUCAAACCAAUUGGAUGAAAGAAUGGUUUGAACAAAAUUUGAAUCGAGCAUACAUUACCGUUGAUAAUUUACGAGAGUUGACGCAGAACACGGGUUUGACUAGAUCACAGGUAAUAAGAUGGCUUAAAAAUAAGAGAUUUAUCAACAAAUUUAGAAGAAUUGAACGAAAUGGGAUUUAUUGGAGAUUCCGACCUUGGCAGCCUGGUGACGAACUUAAGGAGAAUUUAGCUUAUAACACGAACCUGGGGAAUCCAGGAGAUGACGAAGAUCCUCAAGAAGAUGUCCUUGCUGCUGGCUAGUUUUACGAUUUUCACUUCUUAAAUCAUCUUUAAAAAUAUUUAAUCUCUGAAACCAAAAAAAACUGGAGGUGUUUUAAUCUUUUCAUUUUAUUUGACAACAAAAAUUUUACAUGAAUUUGUAAAUUUUUUUGUUCGCUUCUUUGUAUAGACUCGUAUUUCAUUGAUUUUGUAAAGCUGAUCUUAUAUGCUUCUAUAAAUCGAAUAAUUUUGCG